GAGCUAUCUCAAAAGAAAAGUAACAGACGCAUAUAAUUCAUUACGGGUAUAAAAGGGAGUCCUCCCCUCCAGCUCUUCUGCAACUUCUCAACCUUUCUAUAUCCUUCUUCUUGUUUGGUAGUCAUGGAUUCGCAGAGACGCAACGUUAUGAACAGGCGACUGGUGGUGUUGGCAGCAGUGGCUCUGUGCCUUCUAGCUGCUCCGGUGGAAUGCAGGAGGAGGUCGUCGAGAAAAACCCAUUUUCCAUCUCCGUCGCCGACGGCGCCUACGACAUCGCCAACGCCGAGGCCUGGACUGAGCACCCCCAUCUCGUCGUCGUUCACGUACUUGGCGCCGACGUGCAGGGCUCACAGCGCGUCUAUAACGGAUUUCGGAGGGGUGGGUGACGGCGAAACGUUGAACACCAAUGCCUUCCGGGACGCCGUGGCGCACCUGAGCCAGUACGCGAACGACGGUGGUAGUCAGCUGUUCAUUCCUCCCGGCCGGUGGCUCACCGGUAGCUUCAACCUCACCAGCGCCUUCACCCUUUACCUCCACCGCGACGCGGUCAUCCUCGGCUCACAGGACUUCAAUGAGUGGCCACUGAUUGACCCUUUACCUUCUUACGGGAGAGGAAGGGACGAGCCAGGAGGAAGAUACAGCAGUCUGAUUUUUGGAACCAACCUGACCGAUGUGGUAAUCACAGGUGAUAAUGGCACGAUUGAUGGACAGGGAGAGUUGUGGUGGAGCAAGUUCAGAGGCAACCAACUAAAAUACACUCGCGGUUACCUUAUAGAAGUUAUGCAUUCAGAUGGCGUUGUCAUAUCAAACCUUACACUUCUCAACUCUCCAUCAUGGAAUAUUCAUCCUGUAUAUAGCAGGAAUGUAAUUGUUAGAGGGAUCACCAUUCUUGCUCCUGUUCGAUCUCCUAACACCGAUGGUAUCAACCCAGAUUCGUGUUCCCAUGUGCGAAUUGAGGACUGCUACGUUGUCUCUGGAGACGACUGUGUAGCCAUAAAGAGCGGCUGGGACGAGUAUGGGAUCAGCUUCGGCAUGCCAAGUGAGCACAUCUACAUUCGAAGGCUCACCUGCAUCUCCCCCACAAGUGCCGUCAUUGCUGUGGGCAGUGAGAUGUCUGGUGGAAUACAAGAAGUUCAUGCUGAAGACAUAACAGCAAUCGAUACAGAAUCAGCAGUCAGGAUCAAAACUGCACCGGGCCGAGGAGGAUUCAUCAAGGGAAUCUAUGUCAGAGGAGUGACCAUGCAGACUAUGAAGUGGGUUUUCAGAAUGACAGGGGCUUAUGGAUCGCACCCUGAUGGAAAGUAUGAUCCCAAUGCAAUCCCAGUUGUUGAUGGUGUAAGUUACAGUAACAUGGUUGCCGAUAAUGUCAGCAUCGCCGGAGCAAUGGACGGAAUCGAAAAUGCGCCGUUCACCGGAAUAUGCAUGUCCAAUAUCACCAUUAACAUGGCUAAGAAUUGGUCGCCAAAGCAUCCAGCAUGGAGCUGCACCAACAUCCAGGGUACAUCAAAUGGUGUUGAACCGCCACCAUGUGAAUUGUUGUCCGGUGAGCAGAGUGGUAAGAAUGAACUAGGCCCAUGCCCUUUUCCUGACGUGAGCGACCCCAUAGAUUAUGUAGAGUUCAAGGACUGCAGUUUCAGCAGCACCCACCUGUGAAGUGGGUUGUGUAGACUACGUUCUAUUUAACUUAUGAAUGUAAAGGCCAGGAGCCAUAUAUCUGCUUGUUAGUAUUA